UCGUCGACCGGCUCAGUAAACGGAUGUACGACGCGCGUCGCGGUACCUCUCCGUCAUUAUCAACAGCCAGGCGUCGUUAUCUACCUCGCGCCACGACGCCGUCGAAGCGAAAACCUCACACCUUGAAAUGUCAAAUCGCCAACCCCGGGGUGAUCGGGCCCUUAGCACCACCGGCGCACCCGAAAACGACGCCGGCGAAUGCUAGAUCAGCAACGACGGCUGGACGAUGCCAGUGAGCACAGGGUUGACAGGGGAACCACGCGCCAAGCGCUGCAAGCUCUGCGACGAGUCCAAUCAUCGAACUGACACCAGCUGCGGCUAUUGGCAGCUACAAUUAGACAGAGAUCUCGUUGACACCAUUUCCGCCAUCUACCCGGAGUGGUUCAAACACAACAUGGCUGAAGGAGGAGGAUCCUCCCAGCCUACGAGGGAGUCCUCCCCUAAGGCUGUCAUCGAUACGUCUCCCCUGCUCAUCAACCAGAACAAAGAAUCCCUCAAGGUGAAGCUGAUGCUUCGACGACCUCUGGAUCAGCUGGUGGACCAGGGAAUCAUGCCCCCUCACAAAACGCCCGCCGCCUACCACGGCCAGAGACGGCAGUUGGAGCGCGCGAAAACGGGUGACAUGCUCAAGGCCAAGAUCCAGCAGAGACCGUCCAGGCAGGAGCUGGAACGCAGGCACAUCCUGGAAUCCGAUCCCGGUCACCACCUCGACCCGAGUCUGGUCGAGCGACAGAGGAUGCUCAAGAAGGCCAAGCUCACCGACCAGCUCAAUGACCAGCUGUCCCACCGUCCGGGUCCCUUGGAGCUCAUCCGCAAGAACAUCCUCCACACCGAGGAACCCAUCGAGCAGGCGGUCAAGACCGGCAAGAUCCCCUACAAGGCGACUAGCGAGGGUCAGCUGAAGCGACCGCAACACCCUUCGAGCUACGUGACGCCGGAGGAUGACUCCCAGAGCUCGGCGGAGCUGAGUCCGGGACCUGGUGACAUGCUGGAGACGGCGGCCAAGUCCGCCGGAAUAGUGGUGUCCUUGAUGCCCGAUGGAGGUGUCGUGUUGCCCGCUUCCGCCGGUCAGAUGCUCGGUAAAGACAGUACGGACAUAGUGUUCGCGGAUUUGUGCAGGUCGGUUACGGCGCCGCUGCUGUCGCGGGCGUCGGUUUCCAGUCCUUCCUCCAUGACGUCGACGACGUCCACUUUAAGCCCCCUCUCUUCGGUAGCUAGUCCGGUGCCCGCCAUUGUAUCACAGCCGGGCACCCCCAUACCUCCCCCUUUACCUCCUAUGGUCUUGACGCCUAGGCCUUCACCCUCUCCGGCAAAAUGCGACGUCCCAGGCAAGGACAAGAACCGCAAGAAAUCCAAGUCCAAGUCGUUACCCAAGGCCAGGACCAUCAAGUUCCAUGAGUACAAAGGACCGCCCAGCGCGCAGAAGAACUCCUCCAACAGCGGCAACGCGGGAGAGUCGUCUUACGACCUCCUGUUGCAACAGCAGACGCUGCUGCUCCAGUUCCAGCUGCAGCUUCAACAUAAGUACCCACAGAUCAUACUGCCAGCUUCUCAGGAUAACCAAGGUGGCGAGAACAACAACGUAGCGUCUAUGAACAACCCUCAACCUUCUCCAGCGGCCUCCACGUCGUCGGAGUCAUCGUCGGUAGCGAUAAAGACGUCCGGACGUCUUGAAGACAUGAAGGUUAGCGAUUUGAAGGCGGAACUGAAGCGUAGAAACUUGCCGGUGUCGGGUUCUAAGCCGCAACUCAUUGAGAGACUCAAACUGUUCGGUAACAACCAGUUGGACGGUAAUAAUCAGACGUCGUACGCAGAUUCGAUACACAGUAACUCGAGCAUCGAUCACAUGCAGAACUCGCCGCUCUACCAAGACGUCGAUUCGCCGGGUUCUCCACCUAAGAACGACUCGGAACCUAUGGACGUCGGCAAUCCUCUAAGUCCAAAACAGGAGCCUCACUCGCCUAAAAGCCUCAUAGAGCAGCCCCAACAGAGGUACGCCAACGACAUAGUCAAAGAGCAGCAGAAGAAGAUCGAGGAGUUGCAAAGGGAAUUGACCUUAUCCCAGUUGAAACUGCAGGCGGCAACCCGAUCAGAGACCAAAGCGCAGGUGUUGGCGCUCCAGAAGCACCUACAGGCGAAACAACAGCAACAAGCGUCGUUACAAAUCCAGCAAUUACAAGCGUUGCAAGCACGUCAAUCCCAAAUGAACGAGGAGCAACAAAGGCUGCAGCAACAGCAGCACGUCGCCUUCCAAAACCAGAAGAACCUGGCCAACGGUCUGGUGCUGAACGGAGUCGACGCCGCCAUGAUGUUGAACCAGCUAAUCCACGGCAAGGUCAAGUUCAACCAGAGGGCCAACUCCCUCCCCAACUUCUUCAACCCGAUUAUACCAACCUCGGUGAAACAGGAAACCGUCGAGGUGAAGCAGGAGAUUGAAUUGAAGGCUCCUCCGCCGCUGUACGAGGAGGUCAAUCGGAAGAACAACGUCAAGAGUCAGAUAGUGGACGACGUGCUGGAGAUACUUAUAAAGAACGGCGAGCUGCCUCCUAGCGCGGCUCAGGAACCGGUGACGCCCAACGGUGUAGACGCCAAGAUAGUCGAGCCUCCGGUGUAUAUAACCCAGAAUAUGGUGGACAAUAACAACCACGAGGAGGCUUUCGAUUUGAAUCCUAACGAUUUGAUCGAUUCCUUGGAUAACUUGGACGGGAUGGACCUGAGUCAGUUUGCCAUGGACUUGGAGCCUCAUGGAGGCGACAACAACAACAUCUGCAUGGACAACGAUACUGUUCCAAUGGACACGGAUGAGUGGUUGGAGUCUCUGCUGCCAAGCGAAGACAAGCAGGCUUUGGACAACCAACACAUGUGCGUGCAAGAGCCGGAUCUGAACGGAUACGACCCUCUUCUAGCCUUGUCCCACGACCCCUUCGAUCCCUUCAACCUGGACGAGUACAGGAACGCUUCAGACCUGACGUUGUCCUGGGACAAGAUAGACUAUACCGCGUGAUUCCAUGUAAAUAUUGACUGCGCGGAUUCUGUACUUACUCGGUGAUGUGGACUCUCUGUAGCCUACUCGGUGAAAAUUGGCAUUCCAGUGAGGCCGCCGCAACAGCCCCCAGAGGCUUUUAGGGACCAGGCGGCGUUCAAAAUAAAACAAAAAAGAAACGCAAAGGGCGCACAUCCGAAAAAUACUGACUAUAUUGUGUACAUAUUAAUUUUAAUCUUACCACUUAGGGAUAUAUCGUGUAACUAAUUAUUUAUUGUUAGGUAUCAUUCAGACAAUAUUUUUGUUAUCGGUUCUUCAGAGAGAUUUAUGGCCGGUCGACCUGUCUCGAUUGUUGUGAUGAUGAUGGUUAUUGAACUUGUUGUGGAUUUGAGCGUGCUAAGUUUGAGGGAUUUUUCAAAUGGGGGUUCGAUGAGACUGUAUCAGUUGUCAUGUAUGAUAAAGCGUAACGAGAUUUGAUCUUGUUAGUCUCGAGGCAAAUCUCGUUGUGUGGUGCCUCCUUUAAUCUUCCGUUUUACCUCUGGGUCCAAAUUUUUUUGGUGUUCAUACAUUUUCCCUAUAGUAGCAGUAUGGUUCAUCAUGAAUAUGAAAUUUUUACUUCAUUCAUACAAAAUCUUCGAAAACAUAUUGAAUUAAAUCAAAGAUUUUCAAUCCACAAAAAGGUUUUCAGUUACUUUUUUACUGAAUACUUAAUCUUCGAUUAAAGACUAAAAUACUCAAAAAUAGAGAUUCUUUUCUUCUCAAUCUGUAUAAAUAUCGACAGAUAUUGUAAUCAUAAAAACAGUGUGCCUUUUUUAAUUUUUGGGAAAAACGAAAUUUUUUUCUCAAUUUUGGGAAAAUGCAUGAUUCAAAUUCGUUAUUUUCAAAGAAUCCUGUGUUUUUUAUUGGGAUUCUCUCAAUUAACAACAUAAAGUGUUAUAAACAGAAUUAUUCGAAUUUGAAAUUGAUUAUAACAUGGAAUUUAUGUUGAAAGAAAUACUGUAUCAUCUGAUACUAAAUGUACUUAUGGAGAAAAAAAAUGUUAGAUUUCUAUUAAAUUUUUCAACUGAUAUUAAUUAGCAAAAUAUUGUGCCAAAUUAGGUUUGUUAAAUGAACCUAUUCACUUUUUUCAUCGAACCUCAUUAGGUGGAACAAUUGAAAGAUAUUUCGAGAGGUGAGACUUGAUCACAUGUGCAUUUAAUAAAAUGAAAAAUUCUUUUCGAUUUCCUUUGAAUGAAACAAUAAUAUAUUUCGAAGCAUUUUUCAUAAUAUCAGUUGGAUGCAAUUAUAAAUAAUGUAUUCCUGUGACUGGCUUUUAGAAUACCGCAUACUUUGUCAUUCAAAAAACGUAUUAUUCCUUAUCACUUAAGAUAAUAUAAACACUCUACAUUCGCAAAAAUAUCUUUGUAAGCUGCAUUAGAUCCAUAUAAAUAUAUUGCAAAUCUAGUCUAACCAUGUAUUCUGACUGUUUUUCUGUCAUAAGAAUGUUGUCUGAAUUAAGUUGACAUAUUUUGUUGUUUUUUGAUUAUUUUGAGUUUUAUUUAAAGUUGAGAAUUUAAUUUGAAGUUUGAUUAUACUGCUCAUGUUGAUGAUGCCAUUCCAAAACCUUAAACUAUAUACUUUUCGUCUUUUUAUUGUGAUUCAAUGAAUAUUUUGAUGAUUGGAUAUUAAUGAUAUUAUUUUACCUUUUUUUUUUCGAAUGAGGUUUGAGAAAUUAGGAUUAAACUAACGGUUUUACGAAGAGAUGUUAUGGCUUGAGUGAUUGGAAAUUCUAAAUUUUUAUAAAUUGUUUUCUAAGAGAAAUGCUGUGCUCCUCAAUUGCCUGAAUUUACGGUGAUCGAAAUGCCUUAAUAUGUCGAUACCCUCAAGAUAUGUACAUGCAGAAUUUUAUUUGAAUGUAUUUCAACUCGCAUUGUUUACUGUAUAUUCGAUAUGCUCUGCCAUGUUUUCUGAACAGUGUUGGGUUGAAUAUGCUUCAAUCAAUAAAUGAUUACAAAAAUA